CACGAUAAAAUAAAAUAAAAUGAAAAAAAAUUUUAAAAAAUAAAAAAACAAGCACCAGCAAGCACAAUGGGACAGAGACGUCAAUCAGCGAAAUUGCUUCUUCAGCGCCCUAUAUCUCUUCCAUGCAGCCUCCUUCAGGAGAAGCCGCUCUACCCCAGGCCAAUGUAAAGAAAUAAACUUUAACCAUGAGAACAUGAUCUUGCUGGACUAUGGCCGCCAUGUUGCGCGACGUCGUCGUCCUCUUAGGGCGCACGCGUCCGCGAUCCAUGCCGCUAGCGAUGUUGACCAUGAAAAAAGAGUUGCAUGGUUUUCUAUUUCUAUACGUGCAUGUGGUUCAGCUCCUAUGGUUACGGUGCUCGGCUUGGCGGUCCUUCGUGCCCCCGGCGCUCCGCUAUUACUAUGGUUACAAUGUAAACUUACCUAGUAAAAAUUAAGGCUUGAACUUUAAUUUCAAGAUUUGCAAUUCAUGAUCAGCUCCAUACAAAUUCAUGAUUAAACAGAAUGUAAAUUUUCACGAGUUUCCUCCCCUUUAUAGAAUGCAGGCAUGAGAUUGUUUUCUUCUUCUUUUUUUUUCUUUUCCAUUUUUCUUUGCACGCGUGGCAAUUUUAAUAUCUUUACAGUGAAGGAAACAAAGUAAUGAGAGACCGAUUAUUUGGGGCCGUGAACCGAUUUUUUUUUCAGUAAUUCUUAGCAGCCCGAACGUUGAGCUUUGUCAUAGCGACGAUCGAAGGUUGUACUGACAUGUUGAUCAUUUCAAGUUUUUAAAAUUAAUUCCCGCAUCUCGACACUAAAGUGUUAGAUAGGACUAGACUCGUUAUUCCUCUGAUGGACUCCGAUGUCUACAAGAAUUUUCCAGAACACUCAUUUCUUGACUUAGCUAACAAGACUCACGUUCCGAUGUGAAGAUCUGCCUCGUUUCUUAAUACUAUUAAAGCAACUUCUAUCACGUGCACUCCAUGUGAGUUGACUCCCGCUCUAAGCGCACAUUCAAGCGGUGUCGAUAAGGUUGCUUGGCGCGGCAUCAAACUUCUGAUCAUUUCUUCAGAGGAAACGCUCAAAGAUGCAAGCAAUAUUUUUGAGGAUCGGAAGGUUCGGGUGUGGGCAUGGAUUCAAAUUUAUCGCUCUAUUCUGCGUUAUUUUUACUUUUAGAAUGCUGUACGGGAGCGACACCGCUGCUAAAGAAAAUCGACUUCGGAAUUAUGCUUACGUGGAGAACUUUAGUCCAGCUUCAAGCAUCCCGUCGAUUACACUGUUCGUGAGGAUGGCGGGCAAACUACAGGAACACAAGACUCGUUUUUACUGUGAUAUUUUUAGAACUGCUGUUCUCUUCUGGCCUGCAUCGUUUGGGAAGACAGUCGUAGUUUUUGAUGGAGAAUCCGAUCAGGAUCAUAUUUUUGCCAAUAACCUCACAAGUCAAAUCAAGCAACACUUCCCGGAUCGCAAACUUGAGGUGGCCUACGAGCCGUUACCCAAAGACGAAAGUAUUUUAAUUAGUUACGCUUGGUUCUUCGAGAGAGAUCGAUACGACUGGAACCUAAAGAUAUGCAGUGAGCUGAAACCUUACAAUAGACGGCUUCCAGUCGGCCACAAAAUUACACCAGAAGACACAGAGGAUAUUCUGUCCCAGCCGCAAACGGCUUUCCACGUACCUUACGCAAAAGAGCCUCUUUCCCCAAACAUCUUCAUUAACUACUGUCUGUCACACGAGGCAACGGGAAACCCGCAGGCCAUGUGCUCCAAUAGUUCAGUUUCACGUGCCAAUAACUUUGUUCUUUUUUACCACGAUCUUCAAAGGGUCACACCGGGUGAAACACCAUGCACUGGUAACAAGAAAAACCACUGUUUGACAGUUUUAGAUCGACAUUACAAACAAGUUGGUGUGGACAUUAGAAAAGGACGCAAAAUACAAUGGAAUGAUUUUGAAACGGUCAAAACCCUUGCAAAUGAGGCUGGCAUUAUCUGUACUAAGUUGGUAAUGAAUGAGGGCACAAAAGAAACGCCGACUAAUUAAGAUUGAUAACUUAGAGUCACAAUCGUGAUUAUAAUGGCAAACUCAAUAUACGGUCAUGACGUUUGCAAAGUUAACCCUUCGCCUCGUCAUUUGCAUCGGCAGUUGUUAGCUGCCAGUGAAAAAUAAUCAGUCAAAAAUUACUUUGUCUAUUGACGAAGACCUUACUCGCAGUGAUUUUAUGGUUCUAUUUUUACAUUUCCGGCUACUAUUCUAGAAUACAGUUGACAACAAAGUGUGGGAAUGAUACUUGGUUUAAUUAUCCGACCACUCUGUAAUAAACCUUGCUACUUCUGGAGUAGCCUGUUAACAGGCUCGGGCUGGAAGGGUCUGACUGCGCCUGGAAGGGCCGAGAGGGAACUGGCGGAGAGUGAAGUGGCCGAGGGGGCAAUGGUGUGGGGGGAUUGGAGUGCAGCCAUGGCACCCAGCAUGAAUCAGUCAUCAAGAGAAAUGACUUAGACUUAGUUUCUAAGUAAAUUUAGGAUAAACGCAUAGAAGAUAAUUUUCCUGCCCAGCGCUUUGAAAAUGCUUUCCAUGAGAGACCUCUCUCGAUUCAAUUCAAGACGGUUACGGUAGUUCCGGAAAAGCAGCUUCCUUUGCCGGGGACUUGUACACUGUAGUAAAUAUUACACUGCGCUUUCGAAAUCAAAUAUACUCAAAAAUUUGCUCCGGGAUUUUCGAAGCGAAAGUUCUAACAAACGGGGAACAAAUAUUUUAGUUGUCCUGCGCUUUGAAAUACCUUUUGAGAGAGAUGUUUUUGGCUUCAAUCCAUUCAG